AUGCGUGAAUGUGUUAUGACUACCUUCUUCUUGCAGAUAGUCUCUCUCUCUGUCUCACGCCGAUGCCACUCCUCUGCCAAUACGAGCAUUGUGCGCUGCUCUCGCUGCCGUAGCCGGGCUAGGAAACGAGCCUCUUCGGCAGCCCUCCAUACCUCUAGCUCCAGCGCUGCCCGAUACUCCGGUGUCUCGCGAAGAGGGCUGCUAGAAGGGGCAUUUGCCAACGCCUCGGUUGACGAUGUAGGCGACGUAGUUUGGAACGUUGCAGCUUGCAUCGAAGGUGAUCGUCGGCCGUGGGAUAAGCAUGAGGGAGGUGAUACAGGAGAUCGAUCUGCCGGAGGGCUGAGCGAGCGCACAAGCUAA